AUGGCAUGCAAAUGGAUAACACAGGAGACCUUUGAUGCUGUAGUACAAGAAAAUAUGGUAGAAUUUGACAUGGAACCAGAAGAAGCUUUGACUGAAGCUAUUCAACAGUUUGAAUCCCAAGGUGUUGACUUGACCAACAUAAUUAAGGAGGUUCAAAAACAAAGUGAUGGGAGUGAGGCUGCCUCAGGCCAUGGCAUUCUGCAGACAUUGGAUUUGUUGAGACAGGCUGUGGAUUCUGGGUCUGCAAGCCCUUGCUCUAAAAUUCUUAUCCAGUUUGGAGAUCAGUGCAAACAGGGCAUGGGACAUCGUUACCUAGCAGGACAGAAGUCUGCCUAUUCAGUUCUUCUUGAAGCCUGGAAACUUUCUGAGGACGACAGGGAAGUACUAUUGAAUGCUCUUUAUGCUAUGUCCUGUCUUACUGAUGGACAGCCUGAUUUGAUGGAGGGUGUUGGAAAGGAGCUGUUAAUUCGUAAUUUAGAGAAAUAUUCAAAUGAUGCUGAGGUGACCUUGAUGGCAACCCGUCUCACUCGGCACAUGUGCCUGAAACAUGAGCAGAAUCGUCAAGACCUUGUCAAAGCAGGCAUUUUACCACAUCUUACAAGAGCCAUAUCAAACCAUGGAGCUGAUCCAGAUUUGGUGCGUGAAGCUUGCUCUGCUUUGAAGAUCAUGACCUUUGAUGAUGACAUUAGGGUUGCGUUUGGACAAGCACAUGAUCACGCAAAGAUGAUUGUUUUGGAGAAUGGAGGCCUGAAACUGUUGAUAGAAGCUGCAAAAGCUUUUACAGAUGACACUGGAGUACUAAGUGAACUAUGUGCUACAAUUUCCCGCCUUUGUGUACGUAAUGAGUUCUGUCAAGAUGUUGUUGACCUGGGUGGUCUAAAUUUUAUGGUGGCUCUCCUAGCUGACUGCAUCGAUCAUCAGGAGCUCAUAAAGCAGGUAUUGAGUGCCAUCAGGGCGAUUGCUGGUAAUGAUGAUGUGAAAGAUGCAAUAGUCACUUCUGGGGGAACAGACCUGAUUGUUGUUGCGAUGAAUCGACACCUCUCUAAUGCUCAGGUCUGUGAACAGGGCUGUGCAGCUCUUGCUAUGUUAGCCCUUCGUAAGCCUGAGAACUGUAAAGUUAUUAUGGAAGGAGGCGGGGCCUUAGCUGCUCUCCAAGCAAUGAAGGUGCACCCUAAAGAUGCCAAUUUGCAGAGACUGGCCUGUAUGGUUAUCCGGAAUUUGGUGUCACGUACCCAGGAUUUCUCACAACCCAUCUUGGAAAUGGGAGCCGAGUCCUUAAUUCUACAGGCGCGCAACACCCACAAGGACUGUGAUGAUGUAGCCAAGGCAGCGCUACGAGAUCUUGGCUGUACAGUAGAACUCAAAGAACUAUGGACUGGCCAGAAAGGCAGCUUGGCGCAAUAGCCUUAGUAUUUUCUAUACCCAUGAUAAACAAAAGCUGGCAGCUUAUAGGGGCAGUUAUGACAACCUUCUCCUGCCCACAUAUAAAAGAACUAUGUUUGACCCCUGCUUAAUAACUGUUGUUUAUGUGUGUUUUUUGCUGAUUUGCAAUGUGCUGCAUCUUCUGAUACUUUUGAUUUUAUCCUCCC